AGGUGACAUUGAAUGGAUGAGAGCAAAAUCAAAUAUUUAUCUGCGCCCUCCCCCUUUCACGUCUCUUCCUCGGUGUCACUUUCACCCACUCUCACUGCCUCAGGAUCCAGACCGGCGUGGUGGAGCAUUCGCUUAUUUCCACUCCACUUCGAGUAUCGGAGAGCUUCCACCACUUGCAGUCUGUCCAGAAGCUGCUCGAUCUCUCUCCUGUCACCACCACCUCUCCCUUCAGACAAAUCCCAACGGCGUCUUGCAUGAGCCCUGCAUCUUCCCCGCACAUUCAAUUGUUCACACAGAAUCUGCCUUUCCGUCGCCCUUAAUGCAACUCUCCAGAAACUAGAACAAGUCUAGUUCGGAUUUCGACUUCGUGGCCUCUAAACGUCACUCUUGUUAACGGGAUAGUUGGGUUUCGCAAUUCACCAGUUCAUCCUUCGUUAUCUUGGUUUUCUUAUUUGCCGGAUAAGCCUUGAGACCGAACUAUACAUUGCCUUCCACUUGCAUUAAACAACUCGAACGCCCAAUAUGUCUGCUGAGAACAGUAUCAAUGGCAGCGGGCAGCUUUCUGCUGCACAAAGACUUCAACUGAAGCAUAUUGCGCAGAAGGCCAGCGUUGAUGAAGUCGUCGACGAAUCCGACUUGAAGCACCCCCCCGCGCCUCUGUCGGAAACACACGUCCUCGAAGAUCUAGACGAGCCAGCACCCGCAAGCGAAUGGCCUGCUACGAUGUCUGCCAAGGCAGCAGGAAAGCGCAAAGCGGAUGCGCCUUCAGGAAAGGAGAAUACGCCAGUGUUGGACCCACAUUCUACUACAGCUUUCCCUGGCUUAGGAGGUGCUCCAAAGCCUGCACAAGCACCAGUCCUCGCUGGAAGAUGGGGUGGGAAGCCUGCUAAUGGAACCAGUAAUGGAAGCCCAACCAAUGGCUCUGCGACGCCAACAUCCGGUGCGAACACCCCUAGAGGCUCGUCACAAACACCGGCAGUUCAGAUCCAGGCUCCGCGACUUGUUUUGCAAAAGAACGAAGUUCUACCUCGCAACCAGCUCAAGAAGCCAAUGCCAGAUAUUAUCAAGGAUAUCAACAAGAAGUUGAGAACAAAUUUGACAAUGCGGACGGGAGAGAAUGGCAUCUUGGAGUUCAGAGAGACAAGUAAUCAAAAGGAGGCACUCAAGCAACAGGCAAUCAGAGAUUUGGGCGCUCAAAUUGGUGCUAAGGUCAGUCACAGGUAAUUCUCCGCUCAGGGACAAUAUUGACAGUCCGUAGUCGUCCUCCAAAGUUUCCAUCCCAAAGUCAGCUAGAGCCCAUAUCAUCGGAAAGCAGGGAUCGACAAUCAAGGGUCUACAAGAGACAACCGGAGCUCGUAUUCAAAUGCCCAAGAUGGAAGACAUGCCACAAGGAGGCGAUGAAGAUGAUGACAUGAUUGAUAUCGUUGUUGAGGGGAACCCAAUUGCUAUUCAAUUGGCAAGGAAAGAGAUUGCUAAGAUUGCAAACGAGAGAACUCCUGCGAUCAACACAAGACUGCGGACCAUCCCAGCCGAGUUUUACCCCUUCCUUGCUGGGCCAGCAAGCUCGCUUGAGGAGUCGCAUGGUGUUCAAGUUCGAGUACCCCCACAUCACACUUGGACCUCUCAACCACCUCCCCGGAAAGCUGGUCCUGGCCAGGCCGAGUUUCUUCCAGCUUUCGGCGACAACCACAUCACACUCGGAGGUGAUCGCGCUGCGGUUCAAGCUGCACGUUCGGAGAUUGAGAGGUUAACCCAGGAGCUGAGACAGAGACUGGCUGUUGAGCAAUAUGCUGGUAUUGAUCGGGGCCAACAUCAAUAUGUCAUCGGUCAACAAGGCAAAACUCCAGAGGAAUUCUUUGGCGAGACUCAAUGUGCUAUCAUCCUGCCAACCGAUGAUGGUGAAGAUAUAAUCACCUUCAUUGGUCCAGCUGACAAGCUCAAGGCUGCAAAGGAAUAUGCCACUGACUUGGCAUCAAGUAUCAAUUCUUCUUCGUUGGACGUCUCGAGACAAUUUCGAAAUGCCCCCGGAGGUGCUCGUGUGCAUGCUCGCAAUGUCACUCAAUACCUUCGUGAUCGCAAGGAAAUCGAGAGACUUGAGUCACUCCACAAGGCCAGUAUCGUCACUCCAAUCUUAGACGAUGGUGCCGGUGCUUGGGAACUUUACUUCAGAGACAGUGCUAGCGGUAUCCGUGCCAAGGACGAGAUCAACCAGAUCCUCGGAGCUCAUCCACCUUCCCGUAUGGCCACUGUACCGAUCGACCCAUUCUUCCACCGCCAUAUUCAGAGAGACAUUACUCCCCGUGUCAAGAAGGAGUACGGUGUUCAUGUCGUUAUUCCAGAUGCUUCUGAGCAAGGUGCUCCAGUUCUCCUCGUUUUCGAGGGUGACUCUGGUCUGAGCGCAGAUUAUCAAGUUCCCCGAGAUACCCCCACUACCGAGGAAAUCAAGGCAUUCAAGCAAGGUCUGGAGGAUGCUCGGAAAUAUAUUUUGGAUAUCAUCAGCAAGCAAGCCGCUAUUAUCUCAACAUCGAUUGAUGUACCAAAGAUCUUCCACGAUAAGUUGCGCAGAUUCAUCCAAAAGGAGCAGCAAGAUCGCGAAGCAGAUCAAAUCCCUGUGCGAGUCACUAAUGCAGGUACUAUCGUGACCCUCAAGGGUCCAGCCCCUGCCGUUGAGGCGUUGGCUGAGAAGGUCAAUGCGUUUGUUGCCACAGCCAUUGAGGAUGAGAAAGAGCGUGGCUUCACCACUACUUUCGACUUCCCACAAAAGCAUGCCAAUCAACUCAUCGGAAAGGGCGGUGCCAAUAUUCGGGACUUGCGCGACAAGUUCGAUGUCGAAAUCAAUGUCAACGAUGGAGUUGUUGAGCUUAAGGGCCCACAAGCCAAGGCCGCAGCUGCUAAGGCACACAUCACAGCACUCGGUCGACAAUGGGCCGAUGAGGCAACAUAUAUCCUCAAGAUCGAUCCUAAGUUCCAUCGUGAGCUGAUUGGUGCUGGCGGUGCACAGAUCAACAAGCUUCAGACACGGUACAAGGUCCAAAUACAUUUCCCAAGAUCUGCCAAGCCUGUGAAGGAUGAUCAAUCAAACGCCGAUGCUGCGAGCGAUGCUGGCCGAAAGCCUACUAGACGCGAGCAAGAGCCUGACGAGGUUACCGUGAAGGGGCCUAAGAAGGGAGCUGAUGAAGCCAGAGAUGAGCUCUUGAACCUCUACCAAUAUCUCAGGGAUAACUCACAUACCGCCGCCAUCUCUGUCCAAGCUGGUCAGAUUCCGUCUUUGAUCGGUCAGCGUGGAAGUGGUAUGGACGAGAUCAGACAGACCACUGGCGCCAGAAUUGAGAUUCCAAAUGCCAGAGAUAUCAAGGACCCAAGCACACGUGUCGAGAUUGUGAUCAAGGGCACAUCAUCUCAAGUGGCACAAGCACGAAAGUUGAUCGACGCCAAGAGAGACGUUUUUGACACGACUGUCACAAAGACUUUAGAGGUGGAGAAGAAACACCAUAGAGCUCUCAUCGGCGCUGGAGGAUCUGCUCUUCGUGACAUUGUCGUCAGUGCUGGAGGAUCUGACGACCGUCGGGAGCUUGCAAGAACGGUCCAGUUCCCCAAGGCUGAGUCUGAUGGAAAUGUCAUCAAGGUUGAGGGCAAGGCAGACGUUGUAGACAAGAUCAUUGCGGCCAUGCAAAAGAUCGUUUCCGAGCGUGAAAACCAGACCACCGAGUCUUUCGAUGUACCAACUGAGAAGCAUCGCUCGCUCAUUGGCCGUGGAGGAGAGACGAAGAAGGAUCUCGAGUCGAAGUUCAAGGUAUCGAUCGAUAUCCCAAGACAGGGAAGCGAGCAAAGCGCGAUCAAGGUCACUGGCCUACCAUCAGAUGUCGAGGCAGCCAAGAAUCAUAUCUUGAACAUAGUGAAGGAUCAAGAGGGUGAGACUGUCCAGGUCCCAAGAAAGGUCCACCACACCAUUGCGGACAAUGGACAAUUCUUCAGAAGACUUCGUAACGAUCACAAAGUUACUGUCGACCACGCAGGCCACAAGAUCCCACCAAAGCCAGAGGCACCAACCAACAUUCGUGGCAGUGGAACAAACCUCCCCCUCCAAACAGAUGAGCCUUCCGAGGAUGCCCACAUCUGGAACAUCAUCAACAAUUCUGGAUCUACUAUUGAUGGUGAGAUUCCAUGGAUCCUUCGCGGCCCUUCUGAGAACGUCACCAAGGCAAAAGCAACUCUCGCCGCAGCCAUUGAAUCCGCUUUGAAGAACACCACCGCCGGCUACCUUAUCCUCCCCGAUCCUAGCACCUAUCGCUUCGUCAUCGGUCAAGGUGGAAGCAAAGUCAACCAGAUCCGCAAAGCCACUGGCUGCAAGAUCACCGUUCCUCGUGAUCAAGCUGGCGGCGAAGCCAUUGAGAUUCUAGGUAGCGCAGAGGGCGUCGAGAAGGCCAAGGACCUCGUCCUCAAGGCUGUCCAAGAAGGCCUCAGCAACAACUCAGGUGGCGGUCGAUCUAACGGCAAUGGCAAUGGCAGUAGCCAAGGCUAUGCCGCGAACGGAAACGACAACUGGGAUUAGUUUCAUCCAAUUUUUGAACCAGGUGGGCAUAUGAUGACGGAAGUAGAUAUCGGACAAUUGGAUGGAUUGAUGGAUGGACCUGCAAAAAAGUGUCUCACAAGACCGUCUUCUCUUUUGGUGCUGCGUUCAUUCAUAUGCGGUCGUACGAUUAAGCGUGGAAUUUCUUCGUCUUUUCUUCGUUGCAUAUUUGCGUUGCGAUGCGAUUGCGUGGGUUUGUAUUAAAAUAAAAAGAACUUUGCUUUUGCUUUGAUUUGCUCUUUGUUUCAUGCGCAGGGAGGUGAAUUCAUAGGAACAUGCAGGCGGUGAUGGAUAGUGGAAAGUGCGUGGAAGUUGUGGUUGGUGGGUAGUUAGUUCAUCAGAAGACAAGAAAAAUGACUUGUAGCCUUGGGUACCUAUCUUCCACCUCUUUUCGUUUAAUUGGCACUGGUGAUUUUCUGAUCUGCCAAUGUGGAUUGAGCAACUGGCGGAGCGAACAACGCUGCGAAAGCACCUCUGAACCCUGAUGAUGA